GUCACCAUCAUUCAGUUCAGUUCAGAAUCGCACAAAAAUGAGCACCCUGAGUCGGCCAAAGUCUCCGCGGACGCCAGUUUCUGGCAAAAAUUUCGACAAGGAGGAAAGCUUCUGGGACAAAAUCGGCACCCUCGGUCGGAAGAAGCGCAUCAAGGAAGUGCAAGAAGUUCAAGAGGAAGGCAAAAUUGCCAUCGAUUCACCGGGAAAUCCGAACGCCCCGGAGAUCCCCCCGGAAGACUACAACCUUGAGGAUAAUGAGUCGCGCUCGAUCAUUCAGCCUGCAUCGCUGCAGCAUCCGCACGUCCGGGAGCUGCUGCAAGUCUUGAUCGAGUGGAUCAACGACGAACUGGUCGAGGAUCGGAUCAUCGUUACCGACAUCGAGGAGGACCUGUACGACGGGCAGGUUCUGCAGAAGUUGUUCGAAAAACUGACCGGUCACAAGCUGAACGUACCGGAAGUUACUCAGUCCGCGGAGGGACAACGCCAGAAGUUGGCCGUCGUACUGAACGCCGUUAAUCACACACUGGGCUUCCAUCACAACGUUCCGAAAUGGUCGGUGGAAAGCAUUCAUACGAAGAACAUCGUCUCGAUUCUGCAUCUGCUGGUUGCGCUGGUUCGUCACUUUCGGGCACCGAUUCGUCUUCCGGAGAAUGUCCACGUCACGGUCGUAAUGGCCCAGAAAGUUAACGGGAAGCUGACGAGCAAACAAUUCCAGGAGAAAAUCACCCAGCAGUACGACGACGUAGGAAUGCGCUGCGAGCGUGAUGCCUUCGAUACGCUGUUCGAUCACGCUCCGGAGAAGCUCGCGGUGGUGAAAAAAUCGCUCAUCACAUUCGUCAACAAGCACCUGAACAAGUUGAACUUCGAGGCGGCCGAUCUGAGCUGCGACUUCAAGGACGGGGUGUACCUGUGCUUGCUGAUGGGACUGCUGGGAGGCUUCUUCGUCCCGCUGCACGAGUUUCACCUGACGCCAAAGGAUCCGGAUCACAUGGUGCACAAUGUGGCCUUUGCGUUCGAGCUCAUGAUGGACCAGGGAUUGAAGCCGAAGGCGCGACCGGAAGACAUCGUGAAUAUGGAUUUGAAAUCGACACUUCGUGUCCUGUACACACUAUUUACGAAAUAUCGCAACAUUUCCUGAAUCACUGGCAGGUGUUCAUUGGAAACGGUUAAGUGCCUUAAAAGCAUGGAUUGAAUGGUAAUUUUAAUAGUAUUUUACUAGCGAAGAAACAAUACGCACAUGUCCUUACAAUCGAAAACGAAACUUAUGUUGUUGAUAACGCGUUUUAAAGUGUCAUCCUCUAAUCAAUACCGCUAAAGUAACAAUCUAAAUCGAAUGAUGUCAUUUAUAUGUGUAGUAGAUGUUUAGUAGCGUACUAUCUCCCUUCCUCUUUCGACUUCCUUGGUCUGUUUUCGGAACUAAUUUUCGUCGUAGGUAUACUAGGUAGUCAUCAAACAAGAGAAUUAUUUACUUAUUUUAUUAAUAGCGAUUGAUUGUUUGUUUCGCUAACAUUUUAACUUAUACACAAAUUCUCAAAGAGUAUUUACUUCAAUAGUAUAAAAGCAAAUCUAACGUAA